AUGGAUGGUCAAAGUGAAUGGGUUAAUCAGGUACUGGAACAAUACCUACGUUGCACUAUCAACUACCACCAGGAUAAUUGGGCUGAACUGUUACCUUUUGCAGAAUUCGUUUAUAAUAAUUCCACCCACUCGUCUAUACAAAUAGCCCUAUUCCUUGCUAACUAUGAGUUUCAUCCACGCUUCGACAUACAGGGCCCUGUUCCUGCUUCAGUUCCAUCAGCAGAAACUAUGGUAGCUCGCUUACAAAAUAUACAAGAAAGGUUAGUUAUUGAAUUAGGUGCUGCACAAGAACGAUACAAAAAAUAUGCUGAUAGGUGUCAACAAGAAGUCCCUUUAUACAAGUUUGGUGACAAAGUAUGGUUAUUAAAGCAACACAUAAGAACUGAGCGGCCCUCAGAAAAGUUAGACUAUCGAAAGCUAGAGCCCUUCGAGAUUGCUGAGCAAAUAAGCCAGAUAGCAUUUCGGUUAACAUUGCCUUCUUCAUUCAAAAUUCACAACACCUUUCAUGUAUCUUUACUGGAACCAUAUACCGCAAAUACAUUUUCUGGAAGAGUAGCGGAGCCCCCACCACCUGUGACCAUUGACGAAGAAAGUGAAUAUGAGGUUAAAGAAAUACUGAUGCAAAGUUGGUUCGGAAUAAGUUAUUUUACCUGGUGGACUGGGAAGGUUAUGAUGCAAAUGAACGUUUGUGGGAGCCUUGGGAAAACGUGA